AGGUCAGUUAACGGACAGUAAAGAUCCGAAUAUUUAAUUGUUAUAGAAUAAUCUGUACCGUGAAUAGGAAAGUUAUUCUCUGUAACCAUUGUGUGUUAUUUGGCAAUAAAGAUUCUUUUUUAAAAAGUCUUUCGACUAAAUCUCGCACAUAACUGGCGCAGUCAGUAGGACACUUUUCGGGUUCGAUGAAUACGAACUUUACUGUAUUAACAGUUAGAAAAUCCUAAACCACGUUCAUCGGGAGCAUCCAACUCAAGAACAUCAGCGAGUACUCAGAAAUGAUUGAAAUUUUGUCUGGGUUAUUUGACAGAUCUAUUCGACCUGAAGAAGGCGAGAGCUUUCCAGGGAGCGACCCUCCACGGCACACAAACUGCAUGACAGAGCUGCUGAGCAGAAACAAGCUGUUGGAUGGAAUGCAAGAGGCGGAAGCGGAAUUCGAAGCCGGGGUGCGACGACUGGGCGAAGGGCGCGUCGCCCUCGGCCUUCGUCGUGAGAUCGAAGAAGAGCUUGCAGUGAACGGCGGAGCGAGCGGCCUCGUCGGUAUCAGAGGAGGCAGCAGAAACAGCAGCAGAAGCGGCAGCUACAGCGGGCCGACGUCCGUCGGCGGUGGUGGGAACGGCGGCAGGAGGCCCCGCUCGUGGGGGCCCCAGCCCGGCGACGCCCUCUCGUGGCUCCUCUGGCAGCCGUACGACGUUCAGUCAGGGUCUGGGAGCCGUCAUGUCGACAUGUCCCAGUGCAACGUGAGUGUUGUGCCAGUGAGUGAGACUCAGCAAGUGACCACCCGCACGUUCACCUCGACGGAAGCGCAGACGGAGGAAGUGCCGCCCCCGCCGAGGAGCAACCGGAGAAGACGGCAUCGCCUUCCCGACCUGCUGGAUUCCCACCUGCCGCCCCCUUACACCGCCCCUCAGCCCAUCCCGCUCCCAUUUCACAUCGUGCCAUCAAGAAGACGGGGCUCGGUUUACCGUGAGGUGCCUAAGUCAUGUUGCGGUCUACUUUCGCCGGCAGCUGUCUCUCUCAGGUGGCUUAUGCUCCUUCUGCUGACAGUCGGAGUUUGUUGUGCCUUGGUCGGAACUGUUCUUGGGGCUACCAGAGCCACCGCCCCUCACCACCUCACAGUCUCGCUUCUAAUGAUAGGAGUUGGAGUCGUUCUUGUCACAGUUAGUGGAGUCGCAUGGAGGCUGAUGUCACAUGAAGCACCUCCGUGGAGGAGCAUGUUCGGCUUUUCCUCGACUUCAGAAUCCGCAGACCCGAACAGGAGGUUCCUCCCUAGACUGCCUCCAUCUUACGGUCGGCCACACCAUCCCUAUGCUGCUAUGAUGUAUCCAGAGUUUCAGUAUAGGGCUCCACCUCCUUCUUACCAGGCAAGCAUGCAAGAAUACAGGCUAAGGCUGCUGUUAUUAGAUAGGCACAGCGCUGCAAGCCCUCCUCCUACAUACAGAUCCCACCCUCCAACACUUCUAAGAGGUGGCUUGAUAGUCGGCGGAGGAGGAGAUUACAGUAGACCUCCUAGUUACCGAUCAAGGACAAGCAGCUGCCGACCAGAUCUUCCCAGGACAGAUCACUCUCGGCAGGCUUCUUCUGUUCUCAGCUCGGUCAACAAUAUCAGCACGACUCAGCUAAAGGAAGAGCCGACCAAAGAAAAUGUCGUGACAAUCGUCCAGACCGCAGAGGAACCGACUGGGCCUGUCAUCGUCACUAUAUCCGGCCCUCCGGAACCUCUUGUCCAUAACCCUCGCUCUGAACAGAUGGAGAUCCUAGCCCACUUGUGAUAUACCCAUUAUUCGGACAGCAAUUGUCUAUAUUUCAAAAUCAUUUUGCUAAUAGGGAUCAUUUGAGUGUUUCGCCAGCACUGUCAUUUUUGUUUUUGUUUAAAUAUCACCCUGUCCAGUUUUUAAAAUCGCUUGAUUUUCCCAUUUCCACUUUUGAGAGUAAAGCUCAAGUUUGCAAUUUUUAAAAUCCCUAGUCAACAGUUUUCUAAUUGAAUCACUAUUUCACAAGAAGUAACAUGCUUUUUUGUAGAAUUUAUCUGUGUAACAAAGGUACUUUUGUUUUAAAUCUGUCUCUUUUUAUGUUUUGUUUUAUUUUUA